AUGGUGUUUGAUGAAGAUGAGGAAUAUGGUAAAGAAAUCAUCCUUGGUAGGCUUCCGAAAAGCGGCUCUAARAUUUACUUGAUUAGAGAUGAAAGGGGAAGAUUCUUUCCCGACCCCAAGAUUCCCAAAACGUUGAAAAAGGCCAUUGGAAGUCCUAACUUAGCAAUACAGGAGCAAAUGUCCGAGGAGCAAAUAAACGUUGGUAGGCAAAGAAUGUACGCCGCCCUUGCGCGACUGCCGCCUGAAGCAGGUGGAAAGACUGAAGAUCAAAAAGUCAUGCAACUUCAACGCGCAAGGGAAGAAAUCAAAGACCUAACUGCGGAAAUAGAAAGGCAAAACGAGGAAAUAUCCAACCUGGAGCAAGGAAAGAUAGCGGAGGUAGCCUCCCUUAGAAGGGAAAAGAACGCGGAAAUAGAAAGGCUCGUGGAUAGGAUUAAGGACUUGACGUAUGACCGUGGGGGAGACCCGCGAGAAUUAACUAGGGAAUUACAAGCUGUAAAAGAGGAAAGAGACGUAAUGAAUGAAAGAUAUGCGGUUCUCAUGGAAAGGCUCGAUGAAGCUAAAGCAGACCGAAGGGGAACCUUCCAAGCCCUUCAGGACGCCAUAAGAGGCUUAGACGAAAGGGACGAGGAACUCAUGAAGACCGCUGACGUCUUACUCAAAGUCGAGCAACGCGCAAUACAGCUGCGGGAUGAAGUCGCUCGUAAAGACGAGCAAAUUCGACAAUUAAGUGGCGCCGUCGAAGACUUAGAACAUCACGCUGACGCGCAGCGGGAAAUAAUAGCCGAACAAGCACGCCCCGAAGAAGAGCGGGCAGCUGCGCAAAGGGAAUUGGAGGAAACCCUGGAAAGGCUCGAGGAGGCAAGGAUGAGGCUUGCUACCGCAGAGCGGGAGCGAGGGGCCGCCACUACUAAGCAAAAAGUAAAGAAAGUAUUAAAGGUGCUAUUAAAGAUUGGUGUGCCGUUGGCAUUUGCGGGUGCCAUUGCCGGCGCGGUAGUUGCUAUCAUGGAUGCAAUUAGCGCCGUAGGUGCGAAGGCAAAGGCGCUGGGUAAAAAAAUAGGCGGCGACCUAGCCAAGGUGGGUAAGGAAAUGGGUGCAGGGUUGGCUAAGGUAACUACGGGACUUGCGGCAGGGUUAACGGCGCUGGGUAAAAAAAUGGCAGCAAGCAUUCCAGGCUUGCUUGGUAGCACCUUAGGUUUGGCGGCUAGUAGUAGUGGUCUUGGUCUUGGUCUUGGUCUUGGUCUUGGUCUUGGUCUUGGUCUUGGUCUUGGUCUUUAUUAUGCAUUCAAUCUUUCUUAA